AAAGCAGUGAGCCGCGGCACGGCAGUAGCCUGUGUGUUCCCGUCUGGAGACCGCCGUGUCGCCGACAGCCGAUCCGCACAGGACUACAGCGAAGCACGGCAAAGCAAACUGCGGGAAAACCGCUGCGAGAGGCGCCCGUGUUUCUCCUGCACACAGCGUUACCAGCGGGGCGAACCCGGGAAAGUUUCGGCGGCGACUCCGCCAGAGCAUCGCCGGAAGGCCCUCGUCACCUCGCCCGCCGGCUGCCCGGACUUACGACGCUUGGAGAGCGGGUUAUUUAAGCCACAAUCAGAGAGUGUCGCUAUUUAUUGAGCCGCCGCCGCAGGUUUGUUAGUUAUAUCCGGGCGCCGACAAAAGGCGGGACGCCCCGCCGGGAGGUUUGUGCGAGUUUCCUCGGCAGGAACUGUCGCGGUGCCCCGCUGAAGUAGCCCGGGCCAGCCGGGGGAUCCGGACGUGCGUUAGCCGCAGGCACCGCCGCAGUGUUUUGUAAACAGACCGGGGGAAAGGCGAGUCUGCCGCCGCGGUGUGUGUGUGUGUGUGUGUGUAGGACCAACAGGACGCAGCCUAGUGUUUGUAGUGUCCGCCCGACCGCCGGCACAUCAUGUCGGAAGCGCUCAACCUCUCCAAGGUGGAGGCCAAGAGGUCUUCGCGGAGAGACGAUGCUCCUCAGGAGGGGAGGAAGAUGCGGAGUAAGGAACAGUCUAAAGACGACGCCGACGUUCCGACGAAACCUGCGUCCGAGCUAGCCACCAAACCUGGGAAAGAGAACCCCCUGGCCGGCGCGUCGUCAGAACCCAAACCUGGGAAGGAGAACUCCGCCUUCGAAGCCAACAGUACUACUAGUUCCACCAAGACGCUGCCCGGAGGCGGCAGCGACUUCCUUAAAGACAUGUCAUCAGGCGUUAAGCCCGAGAAGACGGACGCGUUCCAGCCGGAGUACCGCGACGCCCCCGCCGGGCCGGCUAUGCACCUCCACCCGCUGCACCCCACGGCCAUCCCGGGGCUACCGGGCUACGGGCACCUUGGCUACGGGCUCUUCCCGGGGCUGCACCCGGCGCCCCGGCCGGAGGAGGCGCUGGCCGGGUGCGAGGACGUGGAGAUACUGUACGACAGCGGCGAGCCCGUUAUCGAGGUGGAGUGCGGUGAGAACAAGGCUUUUCUCUACAUCAACAAACUCUGCCAGGGCAGCAAAGGGCCCUCCAUCCGCCUCAGCAACGAGAUGCUCACGCCAAACGAGUUCCAGUUCAUCUCGGGUCGGGAGACAGCCAAGGACUGGAAGAGGAGCAUACGGCACAAGGGAAAGAGUCUCAAGACGCUGAUGGCCAAGGGCAUCCUCCAGGUGCACCCCCCGAUCUGCGACUGUCCCGGCUGCCGCAUCUCCUCACCUGUGGCUGCUAUGUUGCAGAACCGCGGGAGGCUCGUGGAAAAGCGCGGCGGGCCAGCCGCAGGGCGCAGGCGCGGAGAAGAGAACCAAUCAGAUGAUGGAGAGAACGCGGGAGAAGGCGACGAAGAACACGGUUCAUCCUCCGGGAAGAAAAGCAACCUAUCGUCCAUCAUCUCGCACCUGUACUGCAGCGCCAGCAGCGCUAGCGGCGGCAGCGGAACUGCAGGGGACCGUGCGGCCGCGUCAUCGCCCAACGACAGCUCCUCAGGCGAGACUGCCGGUCUGGAGGGCCUGGGUCUGCGCGGAGUGCAGGGCGGCAGGAAGCGGGGGCGCGGGCGCGCGGGCAGCGCCGAGAGACGGGAGGCCGCAGGACAGGCCAAGCGGAGGCGGAGCGCCUCGCCGCCACAGGCGGACUCGCCCCCGACGAACGGCGAGGACACCUCGGCCGCGGCGUAUCUCAGCUCCGACUACCGGCAGCGCCUCCUCUCGGCGCUCAACAACGAGCAGGGCACGUACGAGGAGCAGCAGCAGCGCAUCUACCAGCUCGCCAACUCCGUGGAGCCCGACAGGGGCGCGCAGGAAAACUCGAAGGAGAACGGGGUGCUCAGCCGGCGGUCCAGCCCGGGAUCCCCGUCGGCGGGUGACGGUCCCGACCGGCCGCUCAGCCCGGUGACCGCCGCCCGGCACAGCCCGCACAAGCCGCCGCUGCCGCCGCACAUGGACCCCGCCGCGCUGCCCAGGGACUACCUGGAGACGGGCGGACACUUCUUCACGCCGCACACGCCGCAUAUAGCACUGGGCGCGCACCUCAGACCGCCGUUCCUGGGCUUCCCUCACCUGCUGAGCCCGGCACACCUGGGCUACACCUUUCUCCGGCCAGGUGAGACCACGCCUCAGGAGCUGCUGGCCAGGCAGAACGACCUGCUCAGGAAAAGGUACGCCGACCAGAUGAACACGGAGAUCCUGUUACGUCAGCAGGAGGCGUUCCGUCGCUACGCCUCCCUGUCGCGCGAGCAGCAGCGGCGUCUGGCGGGGGAGCCGCUAUCUGCAGUUCCGGGCGUCCUGCCGCCGGACCCGCACCUCAUGCACCCGGCCUACGCCGCCGACUCCCCGCUGCUCUACCCGAGCGAACAGGCGCGCAGGAACGCCAUGUUGGUGCUACGUCACGCGCCCGAAGUCUCGCCCACUCCCGCGCAAUCUCGCGAGAGGGCGAGUCCACUCGCCACACCACAGGAGGCACCUACUUCACACACUGACUCCGAGAGCUUCGAAAAAGUUAGCAAGGAAGACAGAGAAGGAGAAACACCUGAAGAAGGGCCGCUGGUGAACGGAGACGUCUCCCAAGACGCUUCUCGCCCGGAGUCGCCAAGUGAAAGUACCAAAGACAGUGAAAGUGAGAGUCAGCCUGAGAGACCGAGCAGCCGGGACAGCAACGCCAGCUCCAACAACAACGAGUGCACCUGCAAGGGCGUGGCCUGUUGCCGGGACAACAACAUCCGGGAACCCGAGGAGACCAUCGCCAGCUGGACCGUCGAUGACGUGUACCAGUUCAUCAAGUCGCUGGGCGGCUGCUCGGAGUAUGCGCAGGCGUUUAAAGACCAGGCUAUAGACGGGGAGACACUGCCGAUGUUACACGAGGAACUCCUGCAGAAUCAGCUGGGCAUGAAGCUGGGGCCUGCGCUCAAGAUACGUGCACAGGUUGCUAAGCGACAAGGUCGGUGUUCGAUCUGUUUCCACUGCCUGCACUGCCACAAGGGACAGAACAGCGUGACGUCAGAGGACCCCCCGCAGAGCCCCUCACCCGCAGCUUCCUGUAGUUAAAACCCAAACUGCAAGGCGGCGCUCUUGAUAGUUACAGAACGACACAAGCUAUUGUAAAUGUGCAAAAGGUGUAGUAUGCGUGUAGAUAAGGUCUUGGUGGCGCCAUUUCACAGUUUAUUGGGAGAACACGCGCCAUAUACCAAGCUGUUUUAAGCAUCUGCAGUUCUCUGUAGCCUUGCUAGGUGGCGCAAUAGUAGCGGUGCGCCACUUUUUGCUAGCGAUAUUCUUCUACUCGGCUUUGCAGCUAUAUAAUAAAACAGAAACAUUCGGUAAUAGAAGGCAGGUCCUUCUUGCUUUGUUAGUGUGGCCAUGUUAGCACGCAGACGUGUAAAAUGCUGUACAGUGAAGACAUAUUAACGCUAAGGCUUCGUGUAACCUGGACAACUUAAGUCAUUUUACUUUCACUUGCCGUGCUUACGGUAUGGGAAAGUUUGUUUAUUGUACGUUCCAGAGAAAAAAAAGUAUGUAUACUAGUAGCCAAAAUAGUUGAAGCUAUAUAUAUAUCUAUACAGAGAUUGUACAAUAGCGACUAUAUUUACACAACGGCAAGGCUUAUACUAGUAUACCAUACCCGACACAUAUAUACCGAAGCUUCUAUAGCAGUUCUGAUUAGAGUUGUGAAGUUGCUGUUUUGAGUACUUGCUUCACGGGUGUUCCCGGUAGUAAUACACGUGUUUUCUGUUGCUAGAAAUUAUAUUUUUAUCUUUCGUACCAUCAGCAACCAUAGAAAACGAAGUUGGAAAAAAGAAAACUAAGCGAAUGCAUACACGUAGUUGAAACAUUACAUGAUGUCUGACGCAGUGCGGAGGCUACUUACGGCGGUACUUCAAAGUAUGUACGUCUUGGUUAACGCGAUUUGUCUUCGUUGCCAUAACAACGAAGACAUUGCGUGCUAGAUAGAAUGCAGUGCCGAAGAAUACUUUGUCCUUACGUUGAAUUGACGUAGUGCAAGAUGAAUAUAUAUUUUUUCCAGAACUGAAUGCUUCUCUUCUUCCAAUAUAUCCAGUUGUAAUCGUCAAGUUUUAGUUAAAACUUCGGAUCCGAUAGCGUGUGGUGAU